UCGGUUUUGUUCGCUGCAGUUUCAUAAUUAGUAAACCAUGUCGGACUAUAUACCGAGAGAGCUCCAGAUUCAAAUCCUCCAAAAACUUCCCGUUAAGUCCUUAAUCCGCUUCACCGCCGUUUGUAAAUCGUGGCGGUCGAUUAUCACCAGCACCGAUUUCAUCUCUUCGCAUCUCUCAAAUGGUAAAAACGACUCCCUCCUCCUCCUCAUCCGCGGCGAUCGACACAACAUUCUAGAUCAACUGUCGUUGCUCAAAGUCGCUGAAAACGUACCCUUUGACGUCAGUUCUUCUUCACAACUCGAAGUUCCCUUCGACGACGGGAUUGAAUAUUACAAGAUAGUGGGCUCUUGCGACGGGCUUCUGUGCUUAUCCGACGAGACCAGCAGGAAACUUGAACACAGCCAUAUUACUAUAUGGAACCCAUGCGUUAGAAACCAUCUACAUUUACCGCUCCCCAAUAUCAAUCCAGAGGAAGAUCACAGUGUUGCACUAGGGUUUGGAGUUGCUAGUCAUGCCUACAUUAAGGUUGUGAGGUUGGUUUAUAUUUACAAUAACCUCGGCGAUGAUUUCCGUUUAAUUGUUCCGCCACAAGUUGAGGUAUUUUCCGAUGAUAAAUGGAGGUGGCGGAGGUUGACGGGGGUUAGUGUUACUCUUACGGUUAUGGAUUGGCAAGCUUUCUUUAACGGGGUUGUGCAUUGGCUUGGAUUCGAACCUAUCGAUGCUUAUAAUUCUCGUAAUUCGAUUUUGGCAUUCGAUAUUGUUGAUGAGGUAUUCAGUGAAGUAAUGUUGCCAGAUGAGUUGGCAAGCGAAGACAUAGCGCAUUUGCGCAUUCUUGUGAUUGGAGAAUCGUUUGGCGUGGUCAAACACGAUAGAGAUGAUGCAUACGAUGUGUGGGUGAUGAAGGAGUACUGUGUGAAAGAAUCUUGGACUAAGUUAUAUACCAUUGAUCACUUGAUUGGAAAGAUAGAAAACCUAUUCAAGUUUUGGAAGAGCGGUGAAGCUUUACUUGAAGUAAAGGGGUAUGGGUUAGUUGUCUAUAAUCCGGAAACUAAGAUGCCGAAGGUUCUUGGAAUCAACGGGUAUGUUUAUCAUUAUGCCGAAAGUUUGCUCUUGUUUAGUGGGCUAUCGAGGUGGAAUUCAUUGGAGUUGCAUUUGAGGCAUUGUGAAAGUCUAAAACACCGGAGAAGCUUUUUCGGUGAGGAGUACGUAGCUGGAAAACAUCGUUGAUGGAGAUGAAAUCGAACGCCAUGCAUGCCAUCCAAGAUCUUAAAUUAUUUAUGUUUUUUUUAAGAACAAAAUGCGCCUCGCCUCUUAGAAAUUUCUAGUUUUCGCACUUUCCCCCUACAAAUUUAAAAAUGGGAUUAUCCCCUUUCCAAAUUUCAUUA